AUGACCGACAUUUCGUCACAUACGCUUUCAAAAAAUCUGGAUGGUUCAGCAGAGUCAUUCAGUAUAGUAGAGCAGCGUCAGAAUAUGCAGUUUUCUUCGAGCGGUCAAGAUGAGAAGGCGCUUAAAAAAGAAACUAACGAUUUGGAAGAAAGGUACGGUUAUUUUGUCGAUUUGGACGAGCGUGAUUACGGCAAUUCAAAGAUAUUUUAUAGUCUGAGACGUUAUACAGGACACCAAGGCUUCAGUGCAGCGAGUGGUCACUUGUAUAAUGGUUCACUCAACCGGGAAACUCAAAACGUCCACGGUGUUGCUGGAACGUCUAAUGAAAAUUUUAUUAAUAUUAACUUAGCAAAACCGACGGUUGAGGGAGUUAAGAAUAGUUCAAGUUCUGAGAUUAGCAAAAGUAUAACUAAUAUUCAACACAGUAUCAGUAGACUGCAUGUUCGCGCAUCAUCUAAAGAUCAAUCUCUUAAUUGCUCAGCAGAAAGCUCGUUUCCAAAAAAACACCACCGCAAACACCGGAGAUCGUACAUCUCGUCCUGCCUGUUGUCAGGACGCGUGUAUUUGCCGUUGCAGUACGCAAAGCACACACUUGAAACUGUUUAUGAAGGUCCUGUUGAAGACUUGGAAGAACAGGAAGAGACUAAGGAGGAUACUGCUGAGGAUAAAAUUUGCGAGAUGUAUCUGUGGUGUGGAUACUGUGUGCUAGGAGACGACUGCCCGUAUGCAGACUCUCACGAAGGCGGUGAGUCGGAAGAUUGGCCGAUGCCUAUUAGCAGCUACUGA